GCUGGAGGAUCCAAGGGGGACCCUGCAGCGCAGCGCGGGGACCAAGUGCCGGCUCUCUGCCAGCUGGAUAGAUCUCUUUCUUGACCGCCCCCGGGGCCUGGGCACCGAAUCCCUGCACGGGUGUGGACCUGGGACCCUUGGUCCCCAGCUCGGCCAGGACUCUCCAGCGUGCAGGCGGCUGGGGACGCCGAGGUUUGGCCUGCGGGCGCGGGAGCGGCGCGGGGUUUUCCGGAGGCGACCAAUCCGUGCGGGGCUGAGGCGGCUUCUGUCCUGUCCGCUUCGGCCGGAGAGCCCGAGGAGAGCAGCGGCAGGCGCCCGGCCCGCGGCUGCUCAAGAUGAGGAGGAGAGCGGGGCUGGGGCGGAGCUGUCUGGUCCCCCGGAUCUGAGCGCCCCCACGGGGACUUCCGCACGCACCUGGGGUUCGGCUAUGUGUGCCCGGUGACCAGGCGGCGUGGGAGCCCCGACCCGAGACUGCGGGAGGGAAUGCUGGCUUGGUUUUGAGUGACUUUGGGGAGAGUGAAGAAACCCCAACAUGGAGGACUUUACCACAAGGACCUACGGCACCAGUGGUCUGGACAACAGACCUCUGUUCGGAGAGACGUCGGCCAAGGAUCGAAUCAUCAAUUUAGUUGUUGGCAGCUUAACAUCCUUAUUGAUUCUAGUAACGCUGAUCAGUGCUUUUGUUUUCCCUCAACCACCUCCAAAACCAUUGAAUAUAUUUUUUGCUGUCUGCAUCUCUUUGAGUAGUAUUACUGCCUGCAUACUUAUCUACUGGUAUCGACAAGGAGACUUAGAACCGAAAUUUAGAAAUCUAAUUUACUAUAUCUUAUUUUCUAUCAUCAUGUUAUGUAUAUGUGCGAACCUGUACUUCCAUGAUGUGGGAAAGUGAGGCUGCCAAGGAGAAAAUACUUACCAGGUCUCUUCAAAGCUAUACAUUAGGACUGUGAAUAAAGCUGGAUAAAGUAUGCUGAAGAAUCUCCUGCAGAAGUCUGAUACAUGAUUUUCAUGUUAAUUGUAAAUCUAAAUUCCCUCUUGCAGGGGAGACAUAUCAUAGAUCACUCUGCUUUUUUCUUUAAGGAGCUGAUGUUGCACUUCAACAUUCCAAUCCUUAAAGCUCCAACAGCACAAGUAAUUUUCACUUUUGAAACUGAAAAUUUUUAUAAUGUAAUUGCAUGGCGAAAGGCUAUGUUAACAAACAAUCUUACAUUUUAAGACAAAUAUUCUUUUAUUUCUGUUAAACUGAAUAUACAAUUAUUGUUCCCUAGGCCACCAACUCUUGCUUAUAACUACAAUUUAAUUUCACAUUAACAAAACACAGAUGGUGAAGACAAUUUGAUUGUGAAGAUCUAAUUACAAUAAUAAAUAAAAUAAUUUAUACAA